UCCGCUAAAACAAGUGAUGAAAUGGCGUCUGAAGGCUUCUCCGACACCCAGGAGGAGAAAGCUGCACUUUUAGAAAGCCAAGAAGGACAAGAUCCACAGCAGCAAGUCGUGAAACAAUGCGCGUCCAAACUGACGCUGUAUCACUGGACGCAGUCCUUCAACUCGCAGAAGGUACGUCUGGCCAUAGCGGAGAAAGGCUUGCGCUGUGAGGAAUACAACGUAAGCUUGCCUCUCAGCGAACACAAUGAGCCGUGGUUCAUGCGUCUGAAUCCUACCGGCGAGGUGCCGGUCCUCGUCCACGAUGAAAACAUCAUCUGCGACCCAGCACAGAUCAUGGACUACCUGGAGAAGAACUUCAAUGAAGAAGGAACUCCCAAGCUGGUUCCUGAAGAGGGCAGUACAUACUAUCACAGAGUGCAACACUACAGAGAGCUGCUGGACUCACUGCAGAUGGAUGCCUACACUCACGGCUGCAUCCUCCACCCUGAAAUCACUGUGGACUCACACAUACCUGCAUAUGCUGCCACAUGCAUACGAACACAGAUCGGGAACACACAGACCGAGCUCAAGAAACUAGCAGAGCAGAAUCCAGAGCUGAAAGACGCUUACAUUGCAAAACAGAGGCGACUGAAAUCCAAACUGUUUGACCACGACAACAUGAAGUACCUGAAGAAGCUUUUGGAUGAACUGGAGAGUGUGAUGGACCAGGUGGAGACGGAGCUCCAGAGGAGGGUGGAAGAGACACCAGAAGAAGGAAGUCAGUACUGGCUCUGCGGCGACUUCUUCAGCAUGGCCGACGUCUCUCUGGCAGUAACCCUGCACCGCUUAAAGUUCCUCGGCCUCUCGCGCCGCUUCUGGGGCAACGGCAACCGUGUCAAUGUGGAAACGUACUAUGAGCGCGUGGUGGAGCGGCCGGCCUUCAGGAGAGUGCUGGGCCACGUCAACAACAUCCUGAUCUCCGCCGUCCUUCCCGUGGCGUUCCGAGUGGCCAGGAAAAACGCCCCUGUCAUCGUUGGCACCACUCUGUUUAUAGGCAUUCUGGGAGGAGCCACGUACCUCGCUUUCCUUUACAUGAAGAAGAGGCUGUCUGUGUUCAGCUGAGGGGGGCCGAGGAGGUUUGGGACUGAAGUGGCAAGAUUCUAGUUUAAAUUGUCUCAUGUCAAAUUAUAUAGAGUAAAACAACCAUUUAAUUACAAUAAAAUCUAAAACAAUAACAUGAGUAUUUAUUUCUGCUUUGACAGUUGCACAAUUUGCACUUUUGUUCAUUCUUAAUGUAUGAUUGCUGGAUUAUACACCAAAGUCUUAAAGGACCACACUUGUGGUUUUGUUUGUUUUGCAUUAUUGUUUAAUCAGUGGGUCAAAAUCUGGUCAGCUCUAUACUGUCAAGAUGUGCUGUGGUUACAGAUAUGAACGGUAUGCUAACAUCCAGUACAUGGGUGGCCUGAAAUGGAUAAUAGAGGCAUGAUGGCCUCUUGCGUUGAACAUACUCUAAACAUUUUUCUUUUAAUCUGUACGGCUGCACAUGAUUCGUCUAAGCCAAGUCUCAAGAAUUAAUAACGUAGGCCAUCCAGUUAUAACACAACACCAUUGUGGGUAUAAAUCAAAUCAUACCAUAUACUGAAGGAAACAAUAAAUCUGGAAUAUUAAAACACCAUAUGUGUGAAUCAUAUAUAACAGGCAUCCUUGAUAUAUUACGAAAGAUUUAAAAUGUAAAAAGCUUCAGUAUGGUCAUUACGAUGUCUUUGUGUGUACUUUGCCAUUUACCUUUUGUGUGCUUU